AUGAAGUUUACGACCGGUCCCCUUUUCACCACAUUGGCAUUGAUUGCCUACUUGCCCAGCAUCCUUGCUGUGGAAAGACUUCCCGUAAAUCAGCGUUCAGUUGCCGUGCUGAGUUCCGGGCUAGCAAAUAAUGGCACUGCCGCUGGAAACGGCUCCGAAGUGGUUAAUUCUGACCAAGGCGAAGAGAACAAGGAUGACGCCGGGAAUAAUGCCGAAGACAAUGCAAACGAGGAAGAGAAUGUCGAUGAAAAUGGCGAGCAGAAUGAUGAUGCAAAUGAGGAAGAAAACGCAGACGACCAGCAAAAUGCUGACGAAGAGAACAAAAACCAAGAUGACAAUGAAGAGGACAACCAGAAUGAUGAUGAGAACCUUGAUGAGAAUCUCGACAACGCCAAUGAGGAUGAUAUCAAGGGCAAUCUUCAGGAGAAUAUCGGAAAUCUCAUGCUCUCGCUAGGUAUCUGCAACUUCAACCUCGGUAGCAUCAGCAACAUUGGUGUCGGGAACCAGAUCCAGCUUCUCCUUCAACUCCAGCAACUUGCUCAGCUUCAACAACUUGGACUCGUCAAUUCAUUCUCCAUUGAGCAGCUCAUUCAACAGGAACUUCUCCUUAACAACUUUAACCUCAACAUCAUCAAGCGUACCGUUAGUGCAUCUGUCAAGCAGGCUAGCCGUGAGAAUAAGCGCACUCUUGUGACUAGAAAGGAGUGUCAGAACAAGAAUGGCAAAUAA